AUGAAGGGGUGGCCCUGUUUCUGCCUUGCCCUGCCGCAUUUCUGGCAGCUGGAGUCUUGCUUCAUGGCUGAGGGCUCGGGCACUCAGGCCCCGGGGAAAGAGCCCCCACUCAGCAUCCAGGUCCUGCGAGCCCAGUACGAAGGCUUGCGAAGGCAGCAGAGGGCGCGGGCCUACCUGGUGGUGCUCCCGACAGGAGGAUACACGCCUGCUCCUGCUGAGUCUGUGGUCAGUCCUGUUUGGAUUAACAAGGAGAGAAGACAUUCAGUUUCCCUAGAAGAGGCAGAUCUGGAGGCCAAGGGGAUGCUGGAGGAGGCUGACGGUGGCUGUCUUCAGGGCCCUGAAUCUCCAUGGCACACACACCUGGAGAUGUACCGCUGCGUUCAAACCUCCCACCAGGAAAUCAGUCUUCCAGUGAAACACAAGAACAAGCUCAUGGGGUCCAAACAAAGGCUCCCUCAGGAAGGAGACCCAGGCCUGUUUGAAAACAAUCAGAUGACCCAGGAAGGGACCACCAAGCUACCAACAGCCCAGUGUGAAAGUCCGGUGAGCAAUGCCCAGACAAAGGCAGAGGGAUCUGGCUUGAAUGUGGACAUUCGGCACCCUCUUUCCAAGAAGAACCCACACAGGUCUGGAAAGCCAGCUCACUAUCCAUUUCCCCAGAGGAAAACGCCCAGGAUCUCUCAAACUGCCAGAAACCUGGGCUUGUAUGGCCCAGCCUAA